AUGGAUGGUGGUGUUAUGACAUCUCAGAAGGACAUUGCUAAUGAGGUCCUUGACUAUUAUGGCAACCUUAUGGGGAAAGAUAGUGAUAGUCUUCACCAUAUUGAUAUUGAGGCACGCAGAAGAGAUGACAUGGUUGAUGCUGUAAUGGAAUUCUUUGAUCAGGGAAGACUGUACAGAGCUUUUAGUCAAAUUAUGGUAACCUUGAUUCCCAGUACUGAUGUUGCCAAGUAUGCGAAGGACCAUAGGCCUAUUGCAAGAUGCACCACUUUCUACAAAAUCAUUUCAAAGAUCCUAACUUCCGGGAUAGGGAAAAUUCUUCCUAGUAUCAUCAGUCUUUCUCAAUUUGCAUUUGUACCUGGACAGAUUAACCAUAAUCACAUCAUGCUGGCAUAUAAGCUCCUUAAAAGUUAUACUAGGAAAGGAGGGACACCAAGGUGCAUGAUGUAG